CCAGGAGGAAACAGUGGAGGCGGGGCUUGUUGCUAUGGCGGGCGUGGCGCUGCGCCAGGCGCAGAGCUUUCUCCAGGAGGACAAGCCGAGGUUUCCUGAAAGGAGGCAAAGCAGUGUCCACCACGAUAUAACAGUUGGUACUAAGAGAGGAUCUGACGAGCUUUUCUCCAGCGUCUCCAACGGCCCGUAUAUCAUGAGCACCACAGCCAAUGGCAACGACAGCAAGAAGUUCAAAGGUGACAUAAGAGGCCCCAGCCUGCCGUCGCGGGUCAUCCACAUCCGCAAGCUUCCCAGCGACAUCACAGAGGCCGAGGUCAUCAGCCUGGGCCUGCCGUUCGGCGACGUCACCAACCUGCUGAUGCUGAAAGCCAAGAACCAGGCCUUCUUGGAGAUGAACUCGGAGGAAGCAGCUCAGAACAUGGUGGGUUAUUACUCCACUAUGAUGCCCGUCAUCCGACACCAACCCGUCUACCUGCAGUUCUCCAACCACAAGGAGUUAAAAACGGACAACUCCCCCAACCAGGAGAGGGCCCAGGCAGCUCUGAGGGCCCUCAGCUCCUCCCAUGUGGACACGCUAAUGGCAGCUCCCAGCACGGUGCUGAGGGUGGUGGUGGAGAACCUGCUCUACCCCGUCACCCUGGACGCCCUCUGCCAGAUCUUCUCAAAGUUCGGCACUGUGCUGCGGAUCAUCAUCUUCACCAAGAACAACCAGUUCCAGGCGCUGCUGCAGUUUUCAGACGGCUCAUCUGCCCAGGCAGCCAAACUGACUCUGGAUGGACAGAACAUCUACAACGGCUGCUGCACCCUGAGGAUCAGCUUCUCCAAACUCACCAGCCUCAACGUCAAAUACAACAACGAGAAGAGCCGGGACUUCACCCGGCCGGACCUGCCGUCCGGAGACAGCCAGCCCGCCCUGGAGCACCCGGCCAUGGCCGCCGCCUUCGCUCCAGGAAUCAUUUCUGCGGCGCCGUACGCCGGAGCGACGCACGGCUUCCCGCCGGCGUUUGCGAUCCAGCCAGCAAUGUCCUCCGCCUACCCGGGCCUGACGUUGCCGGCUCUCCCCGGAGCGCUGGCCUCCCUGGGCCUCCCCGCCACCGCCAGGCUGGGCUUCCCCUCCAUCCCCGCUGGACACUCGGUUCUGCUGGUCAGCAACCUGAACCCUGAGAGAGUUACGCCCCACUGCCUCUUUAUUCUCUUCGGUGUUUAUGGAGACGUGAUGAGAGUGAAGAUCCUGUUCAACAAGAAGGAAAACGCUCUGGUCCAGAUGUGUGACAGUACCCAGGCUCAGCUAGCCAUGAGCCACCUGAAUGGCCAGCGGCUGCAUGGGAAACCUCUCCGGAUCACACUGUCCAAACACACCAGCGUCCAGCUUCCCCGUGAAGGACAUGAGGACCAGGGCCUGACCAAAGACUACAGCAACUCCCCGCUGCACCGCUUCAAGAAGCCCGGCUCCAAAAACUAUUCCAACAUCUUUCCUCCCUCCGCCACCUUGCACCUCUCCAACAUCCCCCCUUCUGUGGUUGAAGACGACCUGAAGAUGCUGUUUUCCAGCUCUGGAGCCAUCGUCAAGGCCUUCAAGUUCUUCCAGAAGGACCAUAAGAUGGCUCUGAUCCAGAUGGGUUCGGUGGAGGAAGCCAUCGACUGCCUCAUCACGUUCCAUAACCACGACCUGGGCGAGACACACCACCUGCGUGUCUCCUUCUCCAAGUCAUCUAUCUGAGCCGGACAGAUAUUAUUAUUUUUAUACGGCGUCCACUACACUCCAAUCAUUCCGAUGCAGAAACCACCACAAAGUCUGCUGUGAUGUUAAAUUAUUGUGAUUGUUUUAUUUUUUAGACUCUUUACCUUCAGAGAAAGGUAGGAUUAUCCCAUAAAUACAACACUUUAGAGGUGGUUCUCUGAAGUCCUGUAAUUAUUCUCUAAAAUCAGAGAAAAGUCAGUAUUCUGAGUUUUAACUGUUUGAUAAAAGGUCAGGUUGUCAGAAUUUACUGUCCUCCUUGUUGGGAGGUUUUUAGCGUCUUCUGCCUUUUGACUUUUAAUCACUGAUUAAAGUCGGCCUUCACAAAUCCUUCAGAACUGACUUUAACUCAGAAUGAUCACUUUAAUCUCUGAUUCUCGCCUGAUUUAAUAAAAAAUUAAGAUUGUUAAAUGAUGAUCCCAGUUUGGGAAGUCGUAGCUUCUGACUGUCACGUUUCACCCGGGCGUUCCCUGGAGACGCCUCUUUGACCUUAAAAUGACCCCUGUGCCUUAUUCUGACUCAAACACAAAAACGAAGCCUCUGAAUUGGCAAAAGCAGGUUUACAGUUGAUAAAGGUUUACUGUAGAGAUGUAUUGCAGAUAUAUUCCUAUUUUUGUGUAUUUUAUUGGUGUUGUCAGUGCUUUUCUGUUCGUGUUUUGUAAUGUUGGUUACUGUAGCAUCAAACAUGUGAACUGAGUGUUUUAGCAACUUCGCUACGUCGUUUAGAUUUAACUUUUCUUUCUCGUCACUUUCUGGCUCUUUUCUUUCCAAAAUAUGCAAUCAUUAUGUAAUCAUAUAUUGUAGCAAUAUUUUAAUCAUUCCUGAGCUUUUGUUUUAUUUUCCUUGCUGUCGGUGAGCUCGGCCGUUUCCGCUGCCUUCUUCGACCCGAAGAUGAAUGUUUGUUUUGUUUGUUUUGUUAGUUGCGUGUCUCUCGGAACGUUUUUAAUUUAUACGUUUGUGAUCCACUACAGCUAAAACCAAAAACACCCUUUUUAGAUGCAAACAAUUCCACCUGCCUCAGGUUUCUGAUUUUUAAGGACUAAAAAACAAAAUAAUAGUGGUUCAGGCUUUUAUUGGUGGUGUUUUUCUUUUUUUCCUGUGAAAAUGUAAAUGACUUCAACCGAUUUGCUCAUGUUUGGUUACGCGGCGUGCCUGCAACCUGGCGCUGAAGUCGCAACAUCACAAAGUGAAAUAUUUUGACAGUUUAAUCAAAGUUUGCUGGUUUGGUUCAUUUAUGUCUUAAUUUUACAAACUGUCGACAUUCCAGCCACUCGGAAGUCAACUCCAUUUUCAGCGUAACGCAAUAUUUUGCUGUCUGAACGAAGUGCGUCGUAGAAAUGAGCUGCUGAGGUUUAUGGUGGCGAUGCGUUCAGUGCACCUGGGAAAAGUUCGAGGAACUUCGAUUAGAAAAGGAAAAGAGAGACAACGUCCCAUUUCAGAUGUUUAACGUGAAAAUUUCACAAUGCAGUGACUUUUAAAAUCAUGUUACAAUGCGAAAAUGUCACAUUUUGACAAGUUUUAUCACGUUAUAAUAUAAAACUUUUUCGUUUUAACGUGUUUUACAUAUCGUUACGACGGGAAAGUUGAUAUUAAACUUGUUUCGUUAAAACAAACUUACUCAUUAUAGCGAGUUUUACAUCAUAAAUGUUUUUCAUUUUUUUAAUUAUACUAUGAAACCUUGACAAGUUUUAUCAUGUUGUAAUGUGAAACCUUUUCUCUAUACUGAGUUUCACAUUGUUAUAAUGUGACAAUUUCACAUUUUGAUGAGUUUUAUAUUCCGUUAUAACAACAAAGUUCCUCGUUGGAGAGGGUUUUACAUUAUUAUCCAAAAGUUUCAUGUUUUGACAAGUUCUAUGUCUUAUGUGAAUUUCUCAUCCUAAUGACUUUUAUAUCUCGCCAUAGUGUGAAACUUUGGAGCUGAAAGAAAAAAGUUUUGCAUUAUAAUGAGAUGAAACUUGUCAAAACAUUAAAUUUUCACAUUCUAACAAUUUAAAACGAGACACGCAACACAAUAUGAAACUCGUUAAAACAAGGAACUUGUGUUAUACCAAGAUGUAAAACUCUUUGUGACAAACUUUCACAUAAGAAUAUAUAAAACUCGUAAGGAGAGUUUCUCAUUUUAAGGAGAUUUAAAACUUGUUAAGACGAGAAACUUGAGUUUUAUAUGUGUUAUAACAAGUUUCUCACAUUAUAAAAAGAUAUGAAACUUGUUAAAAAGAGGGACUUUCAUAAGAGAGAUAAAACUUGUUAAAAUGAGAAACUUUAAGAUGCAAAACUCUUUAUAACAAACUUUAAUGUUAUAAUCAGGUGUAAAAUGUGUUAUAACAACCUUUUCUUUUAAAUGGGACAUAAAACUUGUUAAAACAUCAAACUUUCCUGUUAUAGUGAUUUUUUUAAAAAAAGUACAUCUUGUUAUAACUAGUUUCAUGUUAUAACAAGAUAUAAAACUCGUUAAACUUGAAACUCGUGUUACAAUCAGAUGUAAAAGUCAUUGCGAUAAAAUGUCUCAUUUUGACAAGUUUUAAAUCUCUAACAUUUAAGUUUCUUGUUUGAAUGAGUUUUAUGUCUCACUGUAACAAAAAUAAUGCUCCUGAAUUUAUUUCCCACUUUUGGCAGUUGAAUUCUUCCAUAGAUGAGAAACGUUGAUUUAGCUGAAGCUAAAGAAGUCUCCUCUGGUUGGUCGAUUCCAGUGGUCUGAUUUGACUACGCCUACUACAUCUGAAUUCAUUUUAUUGGCUGAAAUGUUUUCUAUAAAACAAAGAAUACUACAUUAUAUUUAAUAGAUUUUUGUCUUUAAAUGACAUUUACUUUGCAACUAUGUUAAAAGAAAUAGUUUGGUUAUAUAUUUAAUGUGGUUUUUGAGGGUUUCUGUUGGUGUCGAGAGUUACGAGGAUUUCCUACCAUGACGUAAAGUGGACCAAUGAAAACACUCCAAAUGCUGGACAUAAAGUCCUUUUAUUUACUGUGAAGAAGCUUUUCACUGCGAACACAGCGGUCCAGCUGCUUGUUCAGUUUCUCCCUGGGUGCACCUGAAUGCAUCGUGACCUUUCGUUGUCCGGUGGAGCAGGAGCCCGAACCGGGUCAAAGGUCACCUGACUGUACAUACAUGUUUUAUACACGGCUAUCUGAGAGGUGAUUGUUGGUUUUAUAUCCAAUGAAACGUGUAUAUUUUGAUUUGAGUGUGCAACAAGUUCUGAGCCUUACAUUGUGUCACAAAGAAAAAAAAUAAAUCUUUUUUUUUUUUAAACA